AACCUGUUGCAGAUUCCGUCGAAGGAGACGGCCGCGCCGUCAAGGGCGAAACCGGCAGAGGCGCAACUCCGUCGUCCACGUGCCCGUCAUCCUCGUACCAAGCGGGAACUUCGGCGGAACGUGGUGAAGGCGAAGAUGGAGACGACGGUGGAAGUUCCAGCCCUGGCGACGGCGAUUCCGGAGGUGGAGCGAAAGGACCCGGUGUUGGCGGAAUCGAUGCUGGCGGAAGAAAAGGAGGCGCGAUCCCGACGACCAGCGCUUGCGACGCAAUCUCCACCGAUGGCGCGAUGGCAGGAACCUCGUGA